AAGUUCUAUUGUUUCCCCCAUCGAACUCCCUUCUUGGUCCCUCAUCAUCUUUCCUUCCUGGCCCUCAUGCGACGUCUCCUUCUUAACGUGGACCGUCGCCCCUUUCCGAUUCGGACGGCUUCCGGUAGCAGAUAUCCAUGAAUGAUCCCCGCCCCAACAGACAGUCGAAUUUCUCAGUUAGAAAUAUUUUGCGCCCAUCUUCUUCUACUCGGUCUUCGACCCUGUCUCGACGGGAUAGGCUCUCUCUCCUGAUCCGUCGCGGUAGAGCCUACUUUUCGCGCAAGUAACUGGCUCCUGCCCUCCUACUUUGGUUUUGCUGCUAUAUACAUACAACAACCCUACCCUCCUGUCCUUCGUCUCCACCUGCCAGUCGUACGGGCGGAAUCGCUGAGAUCUGUAUCCAGCAGACGUCCCGCAGAGCGGCCGCAAUAUCCCUCCAACCCCCUAAUGAGUGCCCCUCCGCCAUUCGACCCCGCGACGAUGGUCGGGCUGUCGGAAGCAUCUCAAGGAAUGGAUGAUGCCAAUUUCGAUAUCUUCGAAUGGUACCCUCGCUAUCAGAGUUGCCAGCGAUACUUCCUGGAUCAUGCACAGCACAGCGUUCCGGUGCAGGCCCUCUCGGCGUUCUUGAACAUUCAAUUACCUCUCCAGAGACAGCCGAAUCCAGUCUUCAACUCUUCCACCACAGCAUCGGCAUCUGCUGCUUCUCCUCUGCCUCCCUCCGUUUCACUGAUUCCUUACCUUCGACGCCUGGUAGCGACCGGGAUGGAUUUUCCUGGCAUUCUACAUGGGUUCUUUGGUGAUGACUGGGCCGCGGGCAUCGGUCCCCUUCACGAGCAAGAACGUCGCAAUUAUCUUUUUGCGGCAAAGAGUGGUGGAUGGGCUGCUGUCAAAAAGGAUUAUGAUAUACCUCCUCUGGAGACCGUCCCCUUCCUACGCCCACUACAGGGACCCGCAGAUGCUGAAAUCGAGGCGGCAGAGAGGAGCUGGAGCGAAUGGCUUGCCAUGGAGGAUUGGAUGGUAGGACCGCGGGCGCCUGAUGUCCUCCGCGAUUCAUCUUCGCAGAUUUCUCGAUCACGAGGUUCAAGAGCAUGAAACGUGAAUCUCGAGCUUUCCAUCUCCUUGACCACGGACAACAAUUACAGAGCGGUCCGGCGUUUGGUGCGUUCAAAACGCCAUGUUUGCUACGAGACAACGAGUAUCUGGAAUUCAUCAACGGCGCUGUGAAUGAGAUAUCAUGCAUUUCUUA